UAAAAAUUAUGACGCUACACUCCUUCAGCUGAGGAUACAAAACUUCCGGUUUGAUUUUUCCAGAAAAUAACGUCAGCAAGAUGGCGGAAUACGGAGGUGUUCAGAAAGGAUCAUUAAAACUCAAAGGAACUGGAGAUAUUUCAGCUGGUAAAAAGAAGAAGAAGAAGGACAAGGAGAUGAAGCGUUUGGAAAAGCAGGUUCUGACCACUUCAACAGAUGAGGAAACAACCAAGAAGGCUUAUGUUGAUAAAAGAACACCAGCUCAAAUCGCCUUUGACAAAAUCCAGGAGAAAAGACAAAUGGAAAGAAUUUUGAACAAAGCCUCCAAGACACACAAGCGCAGAGUUGAGGAGUUCAACAGACAUCUGGACACACUGACUGAGCAUUACGAUAUUCCUAAAGUCAGCUGGACCAAGUAACGCAGAACUUCUAUGGACCAUCGGCAGGGUGAUAACAUUCAGUUGUUGAGGAUUUGACAUUUUCUCUGACCUACCAUUUACAUCGCCUGAUAUUUAAAGCUCUACAGAUCGUCAAAGUCUACAGAUGCUAAAUAAAUUGUGCAGAUUUGUUGUCCUCUAUUCACUCAGAAGUCAUCUGGGGCUCUUUUUUUGCAAGAGAAACAUUUUAUUUCAUAUCUACCUUUUUAAAAUGCAGUUUUCGUGUUUAGAAAUGAUUACGUUGUAAAAUCCAAUGUUUGUAUAUGACCACUGGUUUUAGUUCAGUGUUAAUUGAUAUGUUCUUACAUUAUUAUUACUAGUUUCUUUUGGAACUUGAUACAAUUAAAGUGGCAUAUAACUGA